AGCAAGAGGUCGUGUAUCCGGGAGCUUCCGAUAAAAUCCCUCAAAAUCGCACGAGGGAGGCACCGGAGUAAAUGAACGGCCGUGCAGCGCGCGGUUUUGGGUCGGUGCCGUUACCUUUCGACCCGUACGGAGCCCGGUUCGUGUGCAGCUGGCACCGCGUUCUUAAUUGUGAGGAGCUGCGAGGAUUCAACCUGCUCUGUGACUCUGAGCCCACACGCCACAACCGGGACGUCUUCUUCUGAUGUGAUGGAGCGGGAAGCUUGCAGGGGAUAACUUUGACUCAGGGCCACGUCUGUCUGGCUCAUUGGAAGCUCCAGACGGAUUGCUGUGCUGGGGGGGGGAGUCUUAGAAGAGGAAGCUGGGCACUGUGGGAUCUGAGCCAAUGACCUGUUGGAGGAGAGAAGCAGCAUAGAGGGUUGAUUAAAAUGGGCUUCAUCACUAUAGGCUGCGGAUCUCUGCACCAGCUCACUGCAAGUCUGAGGGCCGCUUGCUCUGCCCACAGCCAUGCCAGACGUGAAGCCUCCCCCAUCAUGUGACUACCCCUCUACCUCCUCUGUCGCAGCAUCUGCCGGCUCCCCUGCUGGCUGCACCUCUCCCCUUGACCUUGUCAUGGACAUGGAGCCCUGCAUCACCAACCUCCCCUUGUCUCCUGACCCCCUGUCCUCCUUCCCCCGGCACAGAACCAGCGUCCCUCACUAUCCGGGCUUUCAUGGACCACCCUUUCCCCUCAUGGCCAGGUGUAACAGCAGCACCUUACUCACCAACUUGGGGCUCAGGUACUGUUCCAGCAGACAGGGCACUCUGGGGAUGGAGCCAGGUCAGGGAGCAGCCCCGGGAACCUGCAUUCAUACUGGAAGCAAUGGCAGUAGACCUUAUAGGAGUAUGGAAAACUUAAACUGGAACACUCUGGCAGAUUCUGGUCUGUGCAUGCUCACUAGUGCUCCCUACAGGAGCAUGGACAGUGAGUUUAUCUUGCGCUACACCUCCACUAGCCACUGGUAUGAUGGGCCUCCAGACAGAUCCCAUGGGCUGGUACCCAACCCAGAGAGCCUGGCGUUUUACCCACGUCCUGGGCUGCCCAGAAAGGACUUACCACUUUUCCCUCAGUUGCUGUUUCCAAGUUGUGUUGAUGAAUGGGAUGCAAGGAAGGGCCUGAGAGAGAAACUCCGCCUUCAGAGUGCAAGGUCAGCCGUUGAGCCUCUGAAGCCCCUCCCACUGCGGCCUCAGGUGUCUCCAUGUGCUGCACCUGUCGAACGGGAGUGUGCGCAUCAUGGGAACAUAACGGGUUCUGUUUCCAGGCCAUCGUGCACAAUGCGCAUCACCAGCCCUGAGGAGAUCAAACAAGAGGUCUUGAGGCGCUUACAGCUCCGUCGGCAGAAUAGUAGCCCCAACCUGGCUCUCCACAGCUCCCCAUCCACCCAGAAAGCAGUUAAAACAUCCUACACAACAGACAAUAUUUCAGGGAACAGAAGUGGAUCAGAGUUUGCAUCAGAGCCUCGAAGACCUCCUUUGGGACGCCUGCAUAUCCCAACUUUUGAAGAGUUUAAGAGGAUGAGGCAGAUGGAGAGGAAGCAGAGCGUUGAGUCCACAGUGGAUGCUACAGUAUCUGGAAAACCUGUGGCCGACCUGCAACAGGAUGCAGGAGCAUCAGAUGGCAAGAUAAUCCCUUCUGACCCUCAGCUGGGUUCUUGUGAAGAGCAGAGAGAAAAUCCGGAGGAGGCGAAGGGGGACAAGUAUACACGUGAAUGGACCGGCUGCAGCACUGUAGCUCCUGCUCCCUCCUCCAUCUCUGAUACCAGCACAUACUCUCCCAUCCGCACAGGGCCAUCUCCACGUUCACCCCUGCCCCCCCAGGGUGGCCCAGCCCAGGAAAACACCUGUAUCGUAGGAGGAGACGAUGGGAGUGCCAAGCGCAGGAGGAGCAGUCUGGAACCUGCUGGGUCGGUUCCCUUUCCGCCCAGCAGGGAGAACUGGGAACGGCCCUCCAGCUGCUGCCCAGCUCUUCUUCUGGAUGGGACUGAAUUGUCUAGCUAUGGAGCCAAGAUCUAUAAGAUGAAGGAUGGUCUCAUUGGCUCUGCACUGGACCUAAUCAAGAAGAGCUGCAGUGCAGAGAUCUCCGCUGAGACCCCCGUCAGGCUGUCAGGUGACCGGGACGGAGGCUGUGACAUCACCGCCCCCUCGGCCGACUGUCAGCCCUCCGCCGUUGCCAUGGCAACGUCGGCAACGGCCUGCGGAGCCGAGGCUGGCGAAGAGGCACCUGCAGGAGAAGGAGGAAGAGAGGAACCAGGAGAAUGCCACGCUAGUCUGGGCUGCAGGCGCUCCAGCUCGGACGCAGCCUAUGAGCUGGCUGAGACGGUGAGAGCGCAGCGUGAGUGCCGCCUGCGACCCCACUACAGUGACCCCAUGCCGGCCGACGCCUCCAAGCGCAAGCAGCUGGAGAUGAAGAUCGCUGCCGCCGCUCGACUCCACAGCCAUCGCCGAGACCGCGAUAGAGACAGAGACAGUGCACCCGCAGCAAUUCGUGGUCACUCAGAGCCGCCUGGUGAGGAGCGCCAGGCAGUUCUAGGUGUGACUCGGUCCGGACAGCACCGCUGGAGCACCAUCAGCAGCCUGAGCGCAGACAGCGGAGUGGUGGGCCUCAGCGACGAGCGUGAGGAAGAGGACAACGAGCCUCGCCGUUACCGCAGAAACCGGGGAGCUGACGUGGAACGUGUAGACAGCGGCAUCGGGCCAGGUCUGUCCCGCACCUGGAAGAGACCGUCUGCCUCUCUCAGAGCCUGGGAGGCCCAGAGACCGUGUCCAGACUGUGGACUGAGGGACGGGGCCUCUAAAGAACGGGGAGAGCGCAUGUGUGAACGUUGCUCCAAGCUGCGCAUUGAACGCAAGGAAGCCAUCCUGGAGUUUCUGAACACAGAGUCGAGCUACGGCGAGGACCUGCGCAUCAUCAAAGAGGAGUUUUACUGCCCCAUGCAGAGUGCCGGGCUGCUCACCGCCGAGCAGCUCACUGUGGUGUUCAGCAACGUUCAGGAGUUAAUAGACGUCAACGAACGCUUCACUGAGCACCUGCAGGACAGCAUCGAUCAGGCCUUUGACCAGGGAGAUGAAGAUCUGCUGACAGUGUACAUAGGAGAGAUCUUUCUGGAGUUUGUCAACAUGCUGCCCGCCUUUCAGACCUACUGUCUGCAGCAGUCCACCUCAGUCAACUUGCUCAAUACACUGGAGAAAGAGAAAGAACUGCUAAGAAUCUUCCUGGAUGUUUCUCAGAAUGACAACACAGCGCUGCGUCGUAUGAACUUGCGCUCCUUCCUAAUGGCGCCCCUCCAGCGCGUGACCAAGUACCCACUUUUAUUGAGCCGCAUCAUUAAGGUCACUCCCGAAUGCCACCCCGACUAUGCACGUCUCCGCGAGGCCAAGAGUCGGGUCGAAUCCCAUCUGGAACACAUCAACAUGAAGACCAAGCAGGAGGGCAACGGCGUCACCUGGUCUCUGCGCUCAUUCCGCCGCGACAGCCGCAAGAACCGGGAGGUCAUCAACAUCGAGAUGCGAGAGGUGUCGAUGAAGACUGUGGGAUGGGCGAGAGAAAACACACGAUUUGUCAUGGAGGGACCGCUCCAGCUGUCCCAGCCGGCAGAUGGUCAGUGGGUGAAGAAAGGCAGCAAGGCUCUCAAGUUCCAAAACGUCCAGAGCCUGCUGAUGGUGAGGACACAGCGGGCAGGUGAGGGACAGGGCGCCGACCUGGUGGCUCGGGGGGAUCAGGUGGAAAGUGGCGGAGAGAGCAUUCGAGAUGGAGUGCUGGUUCUGAUCAAGGACAAGAGCAGCGGGAAGUUCACAGUGCUGAGAGAGCCCAUCCGUCUAGGAAACUGCGUGGUGUCGACAGAUCCGGACUGCGAGGACACAUUCGAGGUGCUCGAUAUCCGGCGGGAGUCUUUUGUUUUCCGUGCCUCGGACAAAUCUCGCACCCAGCAGUGGUUCCACCAGAUUAAGAGAUACGCUCGAGACUUGGGCACCUGGAGGAAAAGACGUAACGCUUUGCCCAACAUCAUGAUCAAUACAAACCAAACGCGGUCCUGAGACUAACCUUCACUCACCUUUGUUACACUGUAAAUAACCCGAAUCCUUCUACUGCAAAAAUCAGCUGACAAUAUGAAGCAUUUCCGAGUGACACCACUGUUAUAACUUGUUAGAGUUCAGUAACAAUAAAUAAAAAAAAAAGUUCUCAAAGUCUCAUGAGGGUAAGAAAAUGAUGAAGCACUUUUUUUUUUUUUUGGUUACAAAGCUGUAAGUGCGCCAUACUGUCAUAAAAUAAUGGGUGUAGAUUUAAUUUUAAGCCGUUACAUUAACAAGAAAUAUCAGAUUCUUGGACGACCAAAAAGAAAGGAAAAGAAAUGAAAACAAACUUGGGCUGUUCUCGUCAGCCUUGAUUGUAAAACUGUUCACUCUCGGAGAAGCAAAGUUGUGUUUUCAGUACGUAGCGUAUGUGUUGAAAAGCAUGACUGACUGACAGCAGCGGGAAAAAUUGUAAUGUCUUUUUUUAUUUUUAAAUUUAAUACAACACAGUGUGAUCUAAGAACAUUUCUUCUGGUAUGAAAAGGCAUAAACGUCAUCCAGAGCUUUGUUCGGUGGUUUUUAAUUUGUCGUCACUGCCCUAUACUGUCUGUGUGCCGCCCUCUGCUGUACGCUGGCGGUAGAGCAAUCCUUCACUGCCAGAGAAGCAGUGGAGCAGAGCCGCUCGAACAGGCUCAACGGACCUCCGGUGUCACCGUGUUUAAAUGAGAACUCACGUAACAGCAAUAAUCUCUGCCAGUUUCAAACUAAGUAGCUACUGUAUAUGCAUUUCAUUUUUUCCUUUGGCGUCCAGGUGGUAAUCCUGCUUCACUGUGUCACUGAGUUUUAUGUGACAGAUUCAGCUGGAGUCUGACUAAAGCUUCCCCGAACACUGAGGACGUCUCUGUUACAGUCAUUAGAAUUAAGUGCCAUGAAAGCAAUUUGUGAAAAAGUCUAGUCAGUCUGCUUUGUCGUAACAUCAUGUGAAAUGGGUGGCGUCAAACACUACCUGUGUGUUAAGUGCAGAGUUUUUCCAACCUCGGCUUCAGGACCUCGUGUGAGACCACCACUGGCCUCUGCGCAGAUGCAUUAAUAUUCUAAUAAUCUAAUAAUAGAGAAUCCACAAACAGAUGUUUUCAUUGUUCAAUGAUCUGCUGGCUGUUAGCUAAACCAGUCAUUUGGUCUGUGAGUGUGGAAAUCGGGCAGAUUUUGGUCUUUUUGCUACCAAUUAUCAAUCCAAACUUACUAUAUUUAUAAUUUUGAUGUUUGUCAGUUUAUAAAUAAACAAACCACUGAAACACUCACAUUUGCUGGCUUUAUGUUAGCCCACUAAUCUAUUGUGAUUUUACUGCUUAUGACACUAUUUUUUAAUCCCACCCUUAAGGCCCCAAACAAAGGUUCUGCUUUUUUGAAACUCUGGCAUCAAGGCUGGAAAAACUCUAACUUGACAAUAAUGCCUCAAAAAAAUAAAUAAUAGCAUCUUGUCGUAACGCAGUUCCAGCUGUGUUACGUGACUUAGCGAUGAGCUGUUGUGCCUUGGUACUUGAUCACUGUUAAAUGAAAACUGACUGAAGUUAUUUGCAAUCCGUCACAGUAGCAUUAACCUCUGAAAUAGACUCGUCUGCUCUCCGUCACUUGACUGAGAUUCAUUUACAGGCAAUAUAAUUAUUCCUUCGACAGUCGCCGACUGCUGGUGUGAUCGACUGAUCCUGUGUCUUCUUCUGAUUUGUGUUUUUACUACUCCUGGUGUGUUUUUAAUUUAAGAAAGCUUUAUUUUGGUUGAUGCACUUUAUUAUUAUGAUUCAGUAAUAGAAUAUUCUCAACUGUAACAGCUGGUAAAACAUCUGUUACGCAGUCAUUAUUGUUGACCGUAUUUGAUGUGAGAGGGCCUCUGGUCGACCGAUGCUGAUUCCAGCACUCUGAAACAAUAAAGUCGAUCCAGUCGUCGAAACCAAAUCCACCAGAUAAGACCAAUGCUGUUAUGUUAUGAAGUAGCACGAUCACUGUGUUCUGGAGGGUAAGGCUGCUCAGCUCCAUACCAAUACUCCUGUGCUGAUGGAGGAUGCAGUUUCAGAUUUAAAAAAAAAAAAAAAAAGCCUGCUGAGUUUCAUUAGUUUCUUUUCAUUUGUGUAUGAAAGACCCAAUGUUUUAUUUCCUCAGUGUAAUAUAUUGUGCAUUAUAUUAAAAGAUU